AUGGCUCCAACUCAGUGCAUGAAAGCAGAGAACAUUAUGUUGACAAUGUUGAUACCUGGACCCACAGCUCCUAGCAACAACAUUGACGUCUAUCUACAGCCACUGAUAGAGGACCUCAAGGACUUGUGGACCGAAGACUACCCAGGUUUGGGGACAUUAGCUGGAUGUAAAGUUAAGGGGAAGCAAGCAUGUAAUGUAUGUGGGAAGGAGACACCGCAUAGGUGGCUUAAGUUUGGUCGAAAACAUGUUUAUAUGGGCAACAGGAAGCGCCUCAUGCCUGGUCAUCCCUACAGACGUAGAAAGGGUUGGUUUGACAACACAGUGGAGCUUGGUGUUUCAAAGAGGAUUCAGAGUGGAAAGAAAUAUUUGAAAGCCGAUAUGCCUGUGAGACAUAACAUAGAUGUUAUGCACGUCGAGAAGAAUGUCUCUGACGCACUACUAUCUAUUCUUAUGAAUAACGAAAAAUCAAAGGAUGGAUUGAAAGCAAGAAAAGAUUUACAAGACAUGGGAAUCAGGAGCAUCUUACAUCUAGAGAAACGUGGGAAGAGAACUUACUUGCUUCCAGCUGCCUUCUGGCUUUCCAAGGAAGAAAAAAGCAUGAAGUCACAUGACCAUCAUGUUCUUUUGCAGAACCUUUUUCCUGUGGCAUUGAGAGGUUUAUUGCCAAAAGGACCUCGGAUAGCUGUAAAUCGUAUCUGCAACUACUUCAACAGACUUUGCCAACGAGUUAUUGAUCCAAAGAAGCUAUUGACACUAGAAGCUGAGAUUGUGGAAACAAUGUGCCAGUUGGAGAGGUUCUUUCCACCAUCACUGUUCGACAUUAUGUUUCACCUUCCACUCCAUCUAGCAAAAGAAGCACGCUUGGGUGGCCCUGUACACUUCAGAUGGAUAUAUCCGUUUGAGAGAUAUAUGAAGACACUAAAGGCUUAUGUCAAGAAUUUUGCAAGACCCGAAGCUUUCCAAGAAGCAAUUAAUAGAAAUGAAGAUAUUGAGGCAACUGAGAAUGUCCUUGAAGGCAGACCACUGCAGAAAGCUACAGAAGUAACCCUAACAGAUAAGGAGAGAGAGACUGCUCAUCGUUAUAUCCUCAUGAAUGCAGCAGUCAUGGAUCCGUAUAUUGAGUUGCAUUUGGAAGAACUGCAAGCUACAGAUGAAAGAUGCACAAAAAAUGAAACUCUAUUGUGGAAAUACCAUACAGAGAGGUUCCCACAGUGGAUAAAAGAUAAGAUACCUAAUAACUCGAAGGAACAUUUGAAAAGGCUGAGAUGGCUUGCUUUUGGACCAAGAAAUAAUGCUCACACAUACAAGGGAUAUGUUGUUAAUGGACAUCGAUACCAUUCUGAUGAUGUAAAGCGCAAUACACAGAACAGUGGGGUUACAUAUGAAGCAUUUUCAAUGUGCCGAGCUAGUGCUAAAGAUUCCAAGCAAAUGGCGGACAUGGUAGCUUACUAUGGAGUGAUAAAGGAUAUCAUACUGCUGGACUACCACAUGUUCCAAGUUCCCCUGUUUAAGUGUAGUUGGGCUCACAAAGGGAAAAGAGUUAAAGAGGAAGAAGGUUUCACACUUGUGAAUCUCAGUAUGAACCAGUCAUCAUUUGCAAAUGAUCCUUACAUUCUGCCAUCGCAAGCUAAACAGGUCUUCUAUUCAAGAGAAGAUGAAAGCUCACCUUGGUAUAUUGUUAUGCGGGCACCACCAAGAGGAUACCAUGAGUUAGAGACAGAAGAGAGGUUCGAUUAUGAACCAUCGGUCCAGCCAAUUGAAGAUAUAGGAUAUCAAUCUGAUGACGAGAGUUUCUGUGUUAGGGAUGACUGUGAAGGUGUUCUUGUUGAUGUUUAA